UUUCCAGUCAGGCAUUAAUUCCGGAAGCGCCGAAGCCACCCCUCAAGCCCCAAAUCCCCAAUCUCAGUCCUCCACCCCCAAUGCGGCCGCCGGAGCAGUCACCGCUCCAACAGGCCGCGCCGCCGGAGCAGCCAAUCCUCGACGAGCUCCUCGAGGAGAUCUUCCUCCGGCUCCCCACGGCCGCAGACCUCGCCCGCGCCUCCAUGGCCUGCGUCUCCUUCCGCCGCGUGGUCGCCGGCCACGCCUUCCGCCGCCGUUUCCGUGCUCUCCACCCGCCGCCCCUCCUAGGUAUCCUCGACCUCCCGUUCAUACCUGCCGAGCCGCCCCACCCCUCUGCUGCCGCCGCCCGCGCCUACGCCGACGCCGGGGCCGACUUCUGGUGCUCCUUCCUCCCAUCCCGCGAGCGGUGGGGCAUAACCGACGUUCGUGACGGCCGCGUCCUCCUCGCUGGCGUCCCCGAGGGAAGCAUCUACCCAUGGGGCGGCAGCAAAUUGCUAAGGGACUUCGCCGUCUGCGACCCAUUGUUCCGUCUCUACCUUGUGCUGCCUGUCAUCCCUGACGACCUAACUGCAUUAGUCCAUGAGCCAGAUAUCACGGAUGUGGAUUACUUCCUUGUGCCUCCUGCCGAGGAUGAGGACGACGGUGUAUCCUUCAGAGUGAUGUGCUUGGCGCGAUGCAAAACCAAGCUGGUUCUCUUCGUCUUCUCUCGAGGUGCCGGACAAUGGCGUACUGUUGCAUUUGAUUCCGGGUCUGAGCUUUAUUGGGCCUCAAGGCGCUACUAUUGGCGUCGAUGCUUUUGUCGGGCAUUUUUCCCAGAGAACAGAUUGCUCAUGCUUGACAUAGACAGGAUGAAGUUCUCUGUUGUCAACCUACCCAUUGAGCCCUGGCCUGAAGAGUAUGAGAUGACCUUUGUGGAGGCAGCUAAAGGAAGCCUUGGGAUGUUUACUAUCUUCGACGAUUUUGAUGAGAAACAAGGUGGUGUAGUCUUUCACCUAUGGUAUGGCAUACUGCGAAAAGAUGGGGACAGCGCAAACUUGUGGCAAGCGAACGCGAUGAUCUCCUUGCCUUUAUCGUAUCGGCAUUAUAGAAUCAUGGGUGUAGCUGGGGGAUACCUGCUCCUGCAAGACUCUUCAGCUUGAGCGGUUCUGUGGGACUGCGGACAUGAUUUACGAAGACCACCUGUAUGCUGGUCUCCCACCAUCCUUGUCCGUACCAACAAUUUAAUGCGAUUAGCAUCUUCAUACUGCAGUGCUCCUUUGUACAUAAAAAAACUUACAGUUCUUCUUAAUUUAAGGUGAAUGCUCCCAACAAUUACUGGAACAAGUUUCUUCCUGAUAAGAUUAAAUAUAGUGUCUUGUCAUUUAUAGCAGGAAGUAGCGCCAUUUAUCAAAACCGGCACUUUUAACCAUCUAUUUGUUGACUAUUGUUGGGUUCUGCAGUUUCGAUCAUAUGUAGUGGAUUCCUACUAAAUGUUACCUUAUUGGUUGGUUAGACCCAUAGCGAGCAUGAGGUAGCAUUCCAAAAUUGAGUUUUGCUGUUGUGAUUUUAGUAAAGUCACCUAAUUCAUGAUGUCUGGUAGGAUUAAAGGAGAGAUUGUAAUGAUCUGUGCAGCAAGUUGCAUGUUUAAAUAUAUGUUAUGCUGCUCUUGCGCAAUUAGGUUUUCCAGUCAUACUGUCGAAUGUCGAUGUUCCUUGUAGUAAAAUUAGGUAAAAUUGGCUGUAUUUCCAACACCAUUUUCACAUUGACCUUAUCAUCAGUUUUGUUUCAAAUGCAAGCAACGUAUUGUCAGUUGUAACAGUUAUCUAUGCAUUCAAAUGUCCUUGUGAUAAUUAGGCCCAGUAGUAUGUCGUCUCUUGAAGUGAAAUCACAUGGGUACUUGGUUGAAUUAUUUAAAAAGGUUUGUGCAAUUCUGCACAUUUCUGAACUGAAGCAUUUGAGCCAAACUGUACAUUCAACCUUUGACCAUAUAAGUUCUACUAGAUACCGAAAAUUUAUAUGAUUGUAUUGCAUUGCAUCUAACAACAGCGGUUCAUCAUUCAUCUAUUUAGCAGGCUUUAAUCUGCAUUAUGGGGUCUUAUUUUGUGUCAGACUGCUGGUUUGGACUGCAAGGAUGGCGACCAAACUUCACUUGUGUUUCCAGGUCACUUGCUUAGCCGCCAUUUGGUUUUUGACGACAUGUAUGUCUGCCACAUGAAACCCGUUGGUUCGGCAUGUUUAGGUCUUAGAUGGUUUAUAUAUCUUAUUAAAAGCUGCUAUAAGUCAUGUCAGCUGUGUAUGCACUUGUCCUGCUAUUGGCUAAGCUUUUCCUAGAACCAUCAGCUAAUGUUUGAGCGUACAUGGAAUUCUAGCGCUGCUAUUGCAUUAGUUUUCAACGUUGCUGCAGUGUUGUGUCAAAGUGUUCAUCAGAGAUUGGUAUGUUUCAGAACAUCACUGUGUUUGCUGCUGUUUUUGUGCUCCCUGAUAUAUAUUCUUUUUGCAAGCAA